GCUCUUAUACUUAAAAAUAUUAAUCUCAUGUCUUGUGUGUGUUUUUUUAGAGUCUCUAAUUGAAAUUUUCGCAUGAUGCACGAUCGACAUUCCAGCGCGUCGAUCGAUCGACGGCGAGUGGUAUACGCGACUGAAAAUUUCACGUAACGAUCAGCAUUUAUGACUGCGAUUUGGAAAAUGCGUUGGAUCUUGCUGCCGCUGUUGACGUUGGUGCGUGCGAUAUGGUGCGCGCACGGCGCUUGCGAGCCGAUCAGGAUCGAGAUGUGCCGUGGCCUCGGCUACAAUGUCACGGUCAUGCCGAAUCUAGUUGGUCACGAGAUUCAAGGCGAUGCCGAUUUUACUCUACAAACCUUCAGCCCGCUCAUUCAAUACGGGUGCAGCGCGCAACUGCAUCUGUUUUUGUGUUCGGUGUACGCCCCGAUGUGUACCGAGAAAGUCUCCGCGCCUAUUGGCCCUUGUCGAGGUUUGUGCGAGCAAGUGCGGGCUCGCUGUUUCCCGGUUCUUCAGGGAUUCGGAUUUCCCUGGCCCGCCGCGCUAAACUGCUCCAAGUUUCCGCCGGAAAACAAUCACCAGCACAUGUGCAUGGAAGGACCGGGCGAGCCGGGACCGGCUAAUCCUAUCCAGGCGGUGAGCACCAGCAACGGGCCUUGGGGCUGCUCCUGGUACGCAAAGUCCGGACUGUACAUCUUCCUGAAUCGCUCUGGAAGAUGCGCCGCCGCGUGCGACGCCGAUAUCCUCUGGUCUCAGAAGGACAAGAAGCUCGCGGAGGCCUGGAUGGCCGUAUUCGCAACGGUAUGCCUAGUCUCCGUCGCGAUCGCUAUCCUGACACUUUUAAAACCGCGUAAACGGCCUAUACUCACCACUACCGCAGAGCGCGCGAUAGUCUUCUUGACGAUCUGUCACGCGGCAGUCGCAAUUGGCUACGUGAUUCGAUUGGCUGCCGGCCGGCUAAACGUCGCCUGCACUCCCGCGAUGCCGUUACAUCCGCAGGAUCAAGCCGUCUUGGCCCAGCAGCAACAACAGCAACAGUACCUAACGCAAGACGGUCUAGCCAAUCCCUAUUGCGCCGUCGUUUUCUUGCUACUCUAUUACUUUGGAAACGCAGCGAUCGUUUGGUGGGUCGUGAUAUGCGCCUGGUGGUGCAUAAUGGCCAGAAAAUGGACGAGGACGAGGACGGCCGGCAACUACAAGGAGGAUAGUUUGGUCGGACCGCAACAGGGAUUCUCAACCGUCGCCGCUGUCGCGGCCUGGGGCCUCCCCGCCGCGCACACUAUCGCCGUUCUGGUCACGAGGGACGUCGACGCCGACGAGUUGACCGCAAGUUGUUUCGUCGGCCAGCAGAACGCGCAUUCCUUGCUGGUAUUAGUGUUGGCCCCGCAAUUCGUCUACCUGUCGUUCGGCGCAACGUUUCUUUUGGUUGGCCUAGCGACGUUGGUGUUACCACGGCGCCCGGCAGUGACACCGACGUCCACGGCGACGGCAAUGGCGACGGCGACGUCGACGUCGACGUCGACGUCCUCGUCCUCGUCGACAGCGGCGGCGGCGGCGGCUGCGGCGGUUUUAACGGCGCUAACGGCGUCCCAGGCGAAUCCGCUGAUGCGCCCGCAGCGCGAGAUCCCCGGCAAGUCGAGCCCGGCUGAGAUGCACCGGCGGCAGAAGCAGCUGCUGACUCGCGUCGGCAUAUUCGCCUGUCUCUACGCCACCCUGAUAAUUUGCCUCGCCAGCACAACCUUCUACGAGUGGUGGGGCAGGGAGACGUGGCUCCGAGCGCCGGAACCGUCGACGGCGCCGCGCGUACCCGCCCGGCCUCUCCUGCAGUUGUUUGUCCUGCGACUGGUGGUGAGCCUCGGUGCCGGCGUCGUGGCCGCUGCGUGGAUCUGGUGGCCGGAAGUAACGAGCGCCUGCCGCAAGCUGCCUCACUGCAAGCAACCGCCGCACAAGUGCCAUCCGGUGCCCGUCGUGCACUGUUACAACGCUGCCACCGCCGGCAGCCCCAUACCUCAUCAGAUUCAUCAUCUCGCUCAUCUCACGCCGCCGCAGCAUCCUCUCUUGCAUCAGCACGCAACUAUCGCCAAUUCGCAAAUGUCACAUAGAAACCAUAAGAAGCAUCGGAAACACCGAAAGUAUUAUCAUUCCGGUAGCGAGACACAAGUCUGAGCGACGGUUGCGUCGUGCCAACGCUUCGCAAUCUUAUCCUUAUAUAUCUUCGAUAUGACCAGACUCUAGUAGCACAGUGCAUUGGCUAAACAUUGGUCCAAUAUUGGGAAUACUAGAUUUACAUUAU